AUGCAAAACGAAAUAAUAAAGCCUGCUAAAUACUUCUCGGAAGUGGAGAAGAGUGUGCUGCUUGCAUUAGUUGAAAAAUACAAAUACGUGCUUGAAUGUAAAAAAAGUGAUGCAAGAACUAUUGCUCUGAAACAACGUACCUGGCAAGCCCUAGCUCAUGAAUAUAAUUCACAGCCCAGUGUAUCACUGCGAGACUUUAAACAGUUAAAGAAAUGCUGGGAAAAUAUCAAGGCACGGACAAAAAAGAUAAUGGCACAUGAAAGGCGGGAGAAGGUAAAAAGAAGUAUUAGUCCACUUAUAAAUACUCACAUCGUAGGGAAAGAGAAGAUUGCCAGCAUAAUGCCUGAGCAAAUGUACUUUUUGCAGAGCCCACCAGAAGAAGACUCUGAAUAUCAGCCUGAUGCUUCUAGUCAAGAGUCAUUUGUUGUGUCAAACAGAGAACUUUGUGAUGAAGACAAAGAGCUGGUACAUUUUCCAGUAUGUGAAGGUACCUCCCAGCCUGAGCCUUCAUGUUCUGAUGUCAGAAUAGCAGCAGAUAAGAACUACAGAAGUAAAGCAUCUCAGGAAAGUGCUCUGAAAAAGAUGCAUGAGGAAGAACAUCAUCAGCAAAUGUCGAUUUUGCAGCUCCAGUUAAUCCAAAUGAAUGAAGUUCAUGUGGCAAAAAUACAGCAAAUAGAAAGAGAGUGUGAGAUGGCUGAAGAAGAACACAGGAUAAAAAUGGAAGUGCUAAAUAAAAAGAAAAUGUAUUGGGAGAGAAAACUGCAGACCAUUACAAAAGAAUGGCCUGUAUCAUCCUAUAACAGACCCUUUCCUAAUUCUCCUUAG